CAGUUUAGUGUGUUUAGACGUGUUCUCAGAGAAAACGAAAAAAAAGGUAUACAUAAAGAAAAAAUUCGCAUAACAAGAAUUAUUUUAAAAGUAUUGUUUGCGAAUUAAUCAACAAUAUAUUAAAAGUGAAAUUAUUAAAUGGAAUGAAAAGCAACCUGUAAAAGUGAAAUUAAAUGCAUAUUUAAGAAAAGUUAAAGAGCAAAUGAAAACGAUUUUUUGUUGCAAAUUACAUAAGCUGAAUAGAGAAAAGAUGCUAAGAAACCAGUAAGGCAAAUAAACAAGAGGAAGUAAUAAAUAGACAAGACAAAGAAACCUAAAAACUAAAGAUUCAAACGGAAUGAAAAAGUAAAACAAAUAAGAAAAAAAUCAAUUUGGGAACAAAAACGUGAUACAAUCGUCAUUUGGAAUUUCAUCAUUUCUGCAUAAAAACCGGAUUCGAAGUAAAACAUAAGCUACAUUACAGUAGACACUUUAUAAGUUGGAGGAUAAACGAACAGAAAUAUUUAACCUAGAAAUUCCAAGGGGAAGAUGUGCUUUAAUAACACAACACUAAAUCAACAAGACACUAAAAGAAGCAAUACAAGGACUAUUGAUUUUUCUACGAACGCUUCAGCGGUCACCAGUCUUGAAUUGAAUUUAGAUUUAUUAAAGAAAACUAAAGAUAAUCUUUGAUUUAUAGCUUCAUUUUUUGUACAAUAUUUCUAUAAAUACCAAAGAUUUAUAAUAAGUUUAGAAAAAUCAACACAAUUUUAUAUUAACGCCAUCCCCAUUCCCCCUCUACAAUUCGCAGCAAACAAAGCAAUUGGCAACAAUAAAGCCUUUUUAAAAAAAAUAACAAAACUUCGUAGCACAAUUCAACAAAUUACUAAUAUAAACAAAUAUUUAAAUAAAUAUCGUGAUAUUGCUAUUUUUGUGAAAUAAACCAAGCACAUUUAGUAAAACUAAAAAGAAAAAUCGAGUGAGAGUAACAAAGAAACUUUAUAAUAACAUAAACUAAAGAAAGAGUGAAAGAAAAUCAAAAAUAUUUAAAUCUUAUAAACUUGUAAAAGUUCCUGUUGAAAUAAAUUUUGUCUUAAGUUAGAAAAUAAUAAAAAUAAAACACUAAUGUCCACCAUGAGUUCUACAAAACCUCCAGUAGCCGUUGCCAAUGGCAAAUUCAAAUUAUCCUCACAUGUUAAAUAUGAGCAUUUAGUUGCUGGCAUUUCGGGUGGAGUAACAUCGACAAUUAUAUUGCAUCCAUUGGAUUUGAUCAAAAUUCGUUUUGCGGUUAAUGAUGGUCGCACUGCAGCUGUGCCACAAUAUCGUGGUCUGGGUAGUGCCUUUGCCACCAUUUUCCGUCAAGAAGGUUUUCGCGGUCUUUACAAAGGUGUAACACCUAAUGUCUGGGGCUCAGGUUCUUCCUGGGGUCUUUACUUUAUGUUUUACAACAGCAUUAAGACUUUCAUUCAAGGUGGUAACACCACUUUGCCAUUGGGACCCGCGAUGCAUAUGGUAGCUGCUGCCCAAUCGGGAGCUUUGACUUUGGUUUUAACAAAUCCCAUUUGGGUGGUAAAGACUCGCUUAUGUUUACAAUAUGGAGCCGAGGGUAAAGGUUCAGAAUAUCGUGGAAUGGUACAUGCGCUGGCGCACAUUUACAAAGAAGAAGGCAUUAGAGGCUUGUAUAAGGGUUUCGUUCCUGGCAUGCUGGGUGUUUCUCAUGGUGCCAUACAAUUUAUGACAUAUGAAGAAAUGAAAAAUUGCUAUAAUGAAUAUCGAAAAUUACCAAUCGAUACGAAAUUGGCCACAUCGGAAUAUUUAGCUUUUGCAGCUAUAUCCAAACUAAUAGCAGCUGCCGCUACUUACCCAUAUCAAGUUGUGCGGGCACGUCUACAAGAUCACCAUCAUAAUUAUCGGGGAACUUUGGAUUGUAUUAAACAAACAUGGAGUUUUGAAGGUGCUCGCGGUUUUUAUAAAGGUUUGCAGGCCAAUCUAAUCAGAGUAAUUCCUGCCACUAUGAUUACAUUUUUAGUUUAUGAAAAUGUUUCGUAUUAUCUAUUGAAACGUUCCAAAGAGAAGAUGCUAGAGAAAGAAAGUUAAUUUAAAUAAUUGGUUUAUUUUUUAAGCAGCUUGUGACCAAAAUUCCUUAAUAUGUUUUAAACAACUUUCCAGUGAUAACCAAAGUUUGACUGAAUUGUUGAUGAAAUUCACUUACACUAAGUUUAUUUAACUUAACUUACUUACUAACUGAUAACCAUAUCGUUUUUGCUGAUAUGUUGACUAACUUUUUUUUGUUUUGUAAAUUUAUUUUGUUAAUUUUUCUUUAAAAUUGAAUUUAAUUCAAUUUAUUUAAUUUAUUUUGCCAUAUAAACAACUUUAAACUAAAUAAAAAAGAAUUGUUAAAAACUGAAACAACAA